AUGGGUGCCGACCUGCCCGAAGCAAAUGUAUCUGAAGAUACCAAGAAUCACGAAAAGAGAGGCAUCUUCGACACCGGCUAUGGAGACGGUUCGGGUUUCGAUUUGCACGAGCCGGUCGGUAAUUACCAGACAUACCAAGAGUACCGUAGUCACGAUGACUUCCACCACGAACCGCGAGUGCUGUCCAAAACCGUUAUCAAGGAGGUGGCCCAACCGUACCCGGUCGAAGUCGAGAAACGCGUACCGUACCCGGUGAAGGUCGAAGUGCCCGUCGACCGCCCUUACCCGGUGCACGUGCCCAAGCCGUAUGCGGUCCACGUGGAAAAGCCAGUCCCGUACGAGGUUAAAGUCAACGUGCCGCAACCGUACACCGUCUACAAGCAAGUCCCGUACGAAGUCAAGUACCCGGUCGACAAGCCGUACACCAUCCACGUGCCUAAACCGUACGCUGUUUACGUGGAGAAGCGAGUCCCAUAUGAAGUCACCAAACACGUCCCUUACCCUGUCAACGUGUACGUCGACAAACCUUAUACCGUACACGUACCGGUAACGAAACACGUGCCUUACACAGUCGAGAAGCCGGUGCCCUACCCGGUCAAAGUGCCAGUGGACCGUCCUUACCACGUUACCGUCGAGAAGCACGUCCCGUACGCCGUUGACAAGCCCGUACCGUACACCGUCGAGAAACCUGUGCCUUAUCCCGUCAAAUUUCCCGUCAAAGUGGCCCAACCGUACCCGGUCGAGGUCGAGAAACACGUACCGUACCCGGUAAAGGUAGAAGUACCCGUCGACCGCCCUUACCCGGUGCACGUGCCCAAGCCUUAUCCAGUGCACGUCGACAAGCCCGUACCGUACGAGGUCAAAGUUAAGGUACCGCAACCAUACACCGUCUACAAACACGUCCCUUAUGAAGUCAAGGUACCCGUCGACAAACCGUACACCGUCCACGUACCCAAGCCUUACACCGUUUACGUGGAGAAGCGCGUCCCAUACGAAGUCACCAAGCACGUUCCUUACACCGUAAAAGUGUUCGUCGACAAACCGUAUACCGUCCACGUACCAAUAACGAAACACGUACCAUACACCGUCGAGAAGAAGGUGCCCUAUGAGGUCAAAGUUCCAGUCGACCGCCCUUACAAGGUGACCGUCGAGAAGCACGUCCCGUACCCCGUCGACAAACCUGUGCCGUACACCGUCGAGAAACCAGUACCUUAUCUGGUCAAAUUUCCUGUAAAGGUCGAAGUGCCAGUGCCUUACAAAGAACACGAAAAUGAAGACAAAUACUCAUCAGAGACCCAAUACGGAGUGCCACAACCACAAUUCGAACAAUCCGAGUACGACAGUUAUUGAUAGAUAUUAUAAUGUCUUUUUUUUGCUAGUCAUAAUGUCAUAUAAUAUACUUAUAAUAAUAUUUUACAUAUCUUGUGCUGACUGUUUUUUGUCACCAAAGUCAUGUGACCUAUGCUUAUAUAUUGUAAUAUAAUAAUAUACAAAUAAUAAUAUGUACUUAAAAUAAAGACUUGUUUUAAAAUA